ACGAAAUUUCCAUUGCGUAGAUCUUAAAGCCACUGGCUGCCUCUUUCCUUUCCCAACUGAAAACAAAUCAAAAUCCUUGUUGCCUCGUCACAAGACUUUCUGGGCAUCCAAACGCUAUUACGAGAGGGAUAGAAAUUUUUAUAGGAUGUGGAACCAGCCUUAUCGCAAGAGUGACAUGGAGGCUGGGGCAAGGCCUCUGUAUCCGGUGAUGUUAGAGAGUCCAGAGCUUCGCUGGUCCUUCAUUCGAAAGGUCUAUUCAAUCAUAACCAUCCAGUUGCUGGCGACAAUCGGGGUGGCAGCAACGGUUGUUUCGGUGCGUCCCAUCUCAGAAUUUUUCGUGAGUUCGGGCGCUGGGUUGGCUCUCUAUAUAGUACUGAUAAUUACUCCUUUUAUUGUUUUGUGUCCGUUGUAUUACUAUCACCAGAAGCAUCCGGUUAAUUAUUUCUUGCUGGGGAUUUUUACCAUUUCACUUGCAUUUGUUGUGGGAUUGACAUGUGCAUUUACCAGUGGGAAAGUCAUUUUAGAAUCAGUUAUUCUGACUGCUGCAGUUGUUGUGUCACUCACUCUUUACACGUUCUGGGCUGCCAGAAGAGGCCAUGACUUCAACUUUCUGGGGCCUUUCCUGUUUGGUGCUAUUAUUGUUUUGAUGCUUUUUGCUUUGAUUCAGAUUCUAUUUCCCUUGGGUAAGAUCUCAGUGAUGAUCUAUGGGGGCUUGGCCUCAAUCAUUUUCUGUGGGUACAUUAUAUACGACACAGACAACCUGAUCAAGCGCUACUCUUAUGAUGAGUAUAUAUGGGCUGCUGUCUCACUCUAUCUGGACAUCAUUAAUCUUUUCCUUUCACUGCUAACUAUUUUUAGGGCCGCCGACAGUUGAAGAUGAUUGCUAAGGUUUUGUUUCUCCUGGCUCUUGGAUAUAAGAGAUUCUCUUUAAUUCCCUUCAUGUUUUUCAUUUAUUAGCGUUUGCAGAUGUAAAGUGAAUGUUGUAAAAGCUUGAAUGCUAUUAUCACAAUGAUCUGUAGCAAAUUAGUCUGUACAUGCCUUUGUCUUCAAUUAUGUAUCUCAAUCUCGAUGAAAAUUGUUGAAAAUCUAAACUCUUAAGCCCUUUUAAA